AUGUGGCACAGCCGUUUACUAGCAUUGCUCUUGGCGGUGCUCUGCGGACUAAGGGAAUCCUCAGCACAAUGUGUUACCACCGAAUCCUACCGUUCGUUUGAUGGAAGCUGCAACAAUCUUCAGAACCCCACGUGGGGUUCCACCAAUACAAGGUUUAAUCGCUUAAUACCUCCGAGGUACAACGAUGGCAUAUCCUCUCCACGGUUGGCAGACGAUGGCAGCGAGCUACCGAACCCUCGAUUACUGUCGGUGGAAGUAUUUGGCGAGGGUCAACAGAACAGUCCCCAGUUCACGCUCGCUAACAUGCAGUUCGGACAGAUUGUGGCCCAUGACAUGGCACUCACACGUGGAGUGAGAGAUCCUGUAACGUGUUGUGCAAAUGGAAAGCUACAACCGAACCCGGGUGCUCGCUGCUUCGCUAUACCCGUUGCCAAAAAUGAUCCCGUGUUCUCCGAGCGUAACAUCGAGUGUUUGAACAUGAUUCGAACGGCAACCACGUGCGAUCUGGCUCCGACCAACUGUACGCAGGCGGAGCAGAUCAAUAGUGUUACCUCGUUCCUCGAUCUGUCGCUUGUCUACGGUAACACGGUGGCUGAAAGCCAACAGCUGCGUACACUGACUAAUGGGAUGCUGAAGGUAGAGACCCGCGGUGGCAGUGACUGGCCUCCGAGACAUCCGAAUGCCGGCACGGCGUGCACUCUGCGAACGCCCGUGGAGUCUUGUUAUUUGACCGGUGAUGGACGUGCGAAUCAGAGCCCUCAGCUGGCCCUGCUACAGAUUAUGUUCGUCCGAGAGCACAACCGUAUCGCGCGUGGAUUGCGCGCCCGUUUCAACGGGUGGACCGAUGAGGAGCUGUUCCAGGAGGCACGCCGUAUCAACAUCGCCGAAUAUCAGCACAUCGUAUACAACGAGUAUCUGCCCAAUCUUUUAGGAUUAUCUUAUAUGCGCUCUGUAGGUUUGAACUUUGCGACAACAGGUUUUGUUGACGAUUACGAUGCGCAGGUGAAUCCUUCGGUGCUGAACGAACACACGACAGCCGCCUUCCGGUUCUUCCAUUCGGCCAUUCAGGGCACUCUCAAUCUUUAUGAACAAAACAAGCAACUCUACAAACAGGUCGACAUCAACGAUCACACUAAUAACCCGACCAUACUGGAGGAGACGACUGAUCGUUAUGCAGCACUUUUGCGUGGCUUGACCACGCAGCCGAUGGGCCGUCACGACGACAGCCUUGAUCCGGCCACCAAGCACUUCCUGUUCCGGUUUAACAAUCGUUUCGGUACGGAUUUGAAAUCGAUCGACAUUCAGCGAGCUCGCGAUCAUGGUUUGCCCGGAUACAAUGAUUUCUUGCAGUAUUGUGGAUUGAAUCAUAAUGCGCGAGUGAACACGUGGACCGGGUAUAACCAGUUCCUCCAACCAGAGGCUAUUGAGCUACUAAGCAUCUACUAUCGGUCAGUGAAUGAUCUGGAUCUGGCGGUAGGAUUGGCAUUCGAAAAGAAAAUAGACGGCAGCGAGGUGGGUGCCGUGAUGCGGUGCAUUCUGACCGAACAGUUCUUGCGAACACGCCGUGGUGAUCGCUUCUUCUACGAGAACGGCCAAUCAGGGGUGGGUUUCACGUUGAAACAGCUUGCCGAGAUCCGAAAGGCGAACAUGGCUCGUAUCCUGUGCGAUACCACGAUCGAUGUGCAGGAUAUGCAGCGUUUUGCAUUCCUUCUGCCCUCAAACACUAAUCCGAUCAUACCCUGCAGCAGUCUCCCGACGCCAGUCCUUAACCGUAUGGUAUAAAGUGGAGCACAAUAGGUUCUCUUUUUGAAUGAAUUUGUAAAUCAAUAAACUAGAAUCAGAUGAAAUGACC